AUGUCUGAUCUGGUGAAAGUCAAAAACGAGUGCACUGAAGCGGAAUCCAAUUUUCACUACCAGACUCAUGCGCAGAAUUACGAUAGUGGGAUAUUUAAGCUGGCAAUGACUGUGUGGCGUGUGCUGUUGACGCUCCUUGCUUUGAAGUUGGGAUUCCUUGAGGAGCUUACGACCAAGUUUAUCCACAUUCCAGGCACAUGGGUUGACGAAUUACGGAUCAAAUCACAGGAGGAGCUGAAAGACUGUUCCCCCAAGAUUCAACUCACAAAAAACGAUGUUAUUGCUGCAUGGUAUCUGAAAUCCAUCUAUUCCCCUCAACCUACAGCUACAUCCCUUGAUCCAGUGGACUACUUUGGGAUUAUCAAUUUCCGUCGCUUUCUUGAGCCCCCAAAGGCUGGAACAUACUACAUCCGCUGUAGUGUUGGUGCCCUCCGGUGUAAGUUCUCUGUACAGCAGCUGAAAGAAGAGUCAGUUGCUGAAAUUGCUCGGGAUAUACGCCUCACAACAUUGCAAUAUACAUCUACCGGAUCUGUCCACCAGAGUCUUCGGUUCUCGGAAGAUCAUACAUCCAAGAUUCUCACAUUAGCUCUGCGCGGCACUGGAAACCUAGGGUGUGCUGUGGUAUCCCACUGGACAACAUUCGAUUAUACUGGUCUGAAUUUCUCUAGCGCCAGUCUGAAUAGUCAGAAAACGUCAGUCAUAUUUGUCAAUUCUAUGAUUGUAAACGCAUGGGACGUUAAGAUAGCACCUGUUGCUGUCGUCACGAAGAAUGGGUCUGGAGGCUAUUGGAUUCGCGCUGCGAAUACAUCUACUGGCUGGGAUCGUGAUCGGAGUCACCCAUCCUCGGUUCACGAAUUGUUAGUGACGCAUUAUAUUGCAGCCUCGUUCAACAGCCCGGCCGGGCUAGCUCAAUCGGUAGAGCGUAAGACUCUUAAUCUUAAGGCUGCGGGUUCGACCCCCGCGUUCGGCUAUUCCUAA